AUGUGGUGGAUGGGAAUAGUCAUUAUAGUCCAAACAUACACGGCCAACCUGGCAGCGUUCCAAACAGCAAGCCGACUUAUCACUGGCAUCAACGAUAUCGAAGACCUUGGUACACAAACUAAAAUCAAAUACGGAACCAACGAAUUCGCAGCCCCAUAUGAAUUCUUCAUGGUCAGUAAGAUAACACUCUACCAGGACAUGAUGUACUUCAUGGAACACAAUGGAGGAUUUGUAAACAACACGAUGGAUGGCGUGAAAAGAGUUCGUCAAGGUAACUAUGCAUUUAUUUGGGAUGACGUCGUCUUGGAUUUCAUAGCACAAAGUGAGCCAUGCAACACAGUCAAAACAGUUGGCAGAAGGUUUGGCAAAAUUGGCUUUGGUUUAGGUUUACAGAAGCGCUCUCCGUAUAAGCAUGAACUAUCGUCUCAUAUUAUGCAACUACGAGAGAUAGGUUACAUUGAUGAAAUAAAGAAAAAAUGGUGGGUGGACCGCAGUGAAUGCAAAGCCGCUAAAGCAUCAGUUGACACAUCUGAAGAAGUAGCAGCUGCUGGUGGACAAUUGGGGAUAUCUCAUAUGUUAGGAGUUUUCUACAUAAUUUAUGGAGGUCUUGUCACAAGUGUUGUUGUCAUGGUGUUGGAAUGGAUCGUUGCUUCGGCGACAAGUACAUCAAAUAUUGAUUCUACAAUAAUGCAAAACCAAAAUCCCAAUUCUUUCAAGGAUGCACUCAAAUUAAGGCUUAGAUUGUUAUAUCAAGAUAUAAGAGAUGAUUGGUUACCUACUAUUCCAUAUUGCUGGAGACGACGUGACAAACAAAAACAGUCGGGACGAGAAGAGCUUGUUGAAAUAAAUAAAGAAUAUCAAGAGUUUCAAUACAGAUCCCGAAUUAGCAUGGCAUCUGUUUUAAGCGAUACAACCAUGCAUAUUGCUUCUUCAUCUUACGAUCACUAUGCACGAAAGAUAUCCUGUCAAUCUCCAGGAUCAACACAUUUAGGUUUACCUAACAUGCCAACAGUGUCAACUAUAAAUGGAACUAAUUGAGCUUUUGAAGCCAGAUAAAAAAUAUGGCGGAAGAUAACUACUGGUGAUUCAAAAGUCUUAGACGCCCCCUGUUCUGGAGUUUCUUAAUAUCACGCCCGGUGAUCGUACAAAAUGGAUGGAGGGGGGGGGGGGCAAUUUCUGCAAGAAAACUCAACAAAUUUCGAGGUUUCAUUUUUUCAAGAGAAAAUUUACAACUGAAUUGUCAAAUGAAUAGCCACAGUGCAUGCCAAAAUAUGUUAGGUCUUCUGGUAUUUUUUUUUAACUGAUACGCUUCUAAGAUGUGAGAUCUAUUAAAAAAGGCGCAUCAUCACUAACGUGGAAAAGUCAAUGUUUAAAAAAUGAUUCAAAAAUGAAAAUUUUUGAUUUGAAAUAAAUGGAAAUCUUUGAAAAAUUGCAAUUUUUUGAAAAAAUGAAAAUUUAUGAAAAAAAUUAAUUCUUCGAAAAUUGGAAAAAAAUUGGAAAAAUCCAAUUUUUGUAAAAAUUUUUUUUUGAAAAAAUGAACUUUUUUUGAAAAAAAUAGUGACAAUAUGAAUUUUCGAGUAUAUAUGAUUUUUUUCCAGGGACAAUAUGAUUUUUCGAGUAUAUAUGAUUUUUUUUCCAGGGACAAUAUGAUUUUUCGAGUAUAUACGAUUUUGAAAGGGACAAUAUGAUUUUAUUUCCCAGGGAAAACAGUAGUAUUAUGGAAUAAAUACACGUAUCAAUACAAGACAUUAAAA